AUGGCGCGUACCCUCCGGCAAGUCCCAGUCUCAACGAAAGAACAAUCAUCAUGUUCACAACAAACCUACAAACAAAUAAACCUAACCCUCAAAUUCUGGCGAGAUGGGAGUCGAGCAUUUGUUACUGGAGAUUUUACAGAGAGUGGCCUUACUGACGAUGUUGAAGAUUUAAGCUUACAAGAGCUACGCAGUUUAAGUGAUUGGCUCAAGUUUUAUCAAAAGGAAUACAUUUUUAAAGGAAAGGUGGUUGGGAGAUUUUACAAUGAACAUGGUAUCCCUACAGCAUACUACCAUAGAGUCCAACUUCGUAUAGAAGAGGCCGAGAGGGAUGAGAAAGACAAAAACAGGUACAAGCUGAUGUUUCCCCCUUGCAAUGUGGAGUGGACUCCAGAGGAGGGAAGUAGAGUCUGGUGCUCUAAACGAAGUGGGGGAGUGGAGAGAGAUUGGGUUGGAGUUCCUCGCAAACUGUAUGAACCAGGUGCAGACACAUUCAGGUGUGCUUGUAUAAAUAUUUCAGAGCAGUCUCAGGUCAUUGCCCCUGAAACUGGAAAAGUUCGCUCAGGGAAUCUCGAAGAAUACGAAGAUUGCCAUCCUAAAUCUACCAGCUGUUAUGUUCAUCAUUGAAAAACAGAACUGCUGCAAUUGGGGAAACUUGCAUAGUAUUUGUAUAAAUAGUACCAUAUAAGAUAAUUUCAGAGAUCUGUCUCUUAAAGACACAAUGUGUUAUUUGUGAACACACAUGCAUUAUUCAGCAAUGCAUUAUAUCAUAAUUACCUAUCUGGAAGGCUUGAUCAGUGGCAUUAUUAAAAACUGUUAUUAAAAGUCUUCAAAAUUAUAGCAAAUUAUAUGAAACAAAAUCAAAUAUGCUUCUGCCCAGCAUCAUAACUACUUUCAACUAUUAAUAUUUUCACUGCCGACAACGUCAUUUGACGUCGCACAUGGAAUUCUAUAGACUGCCGUCGUCUUUUGACAGUGCUGAAUUUUACAGUAAUAAAAAUGCAUUUAAACGUAUUUGAACUUCAACAUUGAGACUCAUUUGCUAUUUCCAUGGUUUUAUUUCUUUCUCUAUGGAUCUCUGAAAUGUUGUUGGCAGUCACCUGGAAUAUCGGAAAAAAGUGGUUUGCUUACUAACUUGGUGUUGUGUCACGUCGGCCGUUUGUUGUUGUUCUGCUAAUUCGUCGUCUGGUUGAUUUUUUGGUAAACUUUUUAUUUUUUACAAAAAACAUAUGUUUUUAAGUUUUAAAACAAGACUUUCUGUUUGAAAAUAUUCUUGCAUGAGCAUUUGCAAAGAAAGAGAAAGAGAAAAAAUGUAAGUCCCAUGGUUUUCUUAUAAUUGUUUAAAACAUUAUAUUUAUUUAAAAAUCAUUAAAACGGGUGGCAGUGUAAGAAAGUUGUCAAAUUAGGAGGCAGCAGUGAAAGUGAUAAGUAAUACAAACCAAUUUUAUGGCUGUACUACUCAACUAGUUUUAAGCAAGAUAUCAUCAGAUUCAAUAAAGUAUAAAUACUUUAAUACGUAGUAUUGCUUUGUAAUGAUUGAUGUAAUUGUACCAGAAUGUGGUUAAUAUUUUGAAACUGUUGCACAAGUCUUCAACUUUAUAUGUUGAUUUGAGGUUAAGUGGAAGAGAGGACUUCAUAGUCCUAACUUUGCCUCUAAUAAAGCCAAAUUUCAUUUCAUUGACCAUCCAGUGGCUAUAGUUGUUAAAUGUCUAUUAAAUGAGAGGCAGGACCAUAAGCAUUAGGCAUUGAGUGGACCGAUUUGCAGUCCUGUGUUUAUCAGCUUAUAGCAAUAACCUAUAUAUACCCAGAAUCUGGAGGAGAUAAGCAGUUACUCUAUUGUACUGUUGUACAAGCAGAGGGUUGAUAUGGAUCCCUUGGGCUUAUACAGGUUAACCUCCACGGUUAAAGUUGGUUUUCUGACAAUGGAAGGAUUGUGAAAGAAACUGGAUUUUUACGAAAAAAAUGUUUGUCAUCGUACAGUGAUUCUAGAAGUCAAUAACUCUAAAUUUUGAGAUAUGCAAUCUGAUUUCUUCCUUCCAACCUGUAUGAUACUUUAGAUUUCAUUGAUAAUUCAUUUUUUAGAACUGGUAACCAAAAUGGCCCAAUUUCGACUAAUGGUUGACUGAUUGGUAAUUCAAUGUAUGACGCCUUGAUUAAUUUCCUUUUAAAGAAAUGUGAUUCCCAAUUUAUCAUGUUGUCUUCUUACCAACUCAUAUAAUUAUCAUAUUGUAACAUAAUACAUUGAGAACUGAUGGAAGAUUUCUAAUAAAAAUUUCAGAUUCACGUUUUGAUUUUGAGAAGUUCAUGUAGAAUGAAUUAUGGGCCCCAUUCAACUCCCUCAAUUUACCUCACCAUUUUAGAUUUUGCUAACAUUUGGUGUAUGUACUUAUAAUGAGUGCUGAGAUUAAGAAAAAUACCAACUUGCAAAAAAGACAUUAACAGGCUUUUUGCUCUAGGAGCUCUCCUAUUGACCUAUAGAGCUGGGAGAAGUGUAAUUUUGUAGCAUGUUUUAUGCUUUUUCCAGUUGUAAUAAAACAAGGGUUGGAAUAAAAAAAUGUUUGUCGUGAUACAUAUAAAGAUUUUCAACAGUAAACUUGUCAUUGAACUACUUACUUUGAUGUACUAUUUGCAAAAACGCUGAAUUAAAAAUACCUAUUUUUUAGUCAGAUAAGUAUUAUUCAGUCAAAAUGGGCUACUUGUGAGAAACUAGCGUCACAGUUUUUUUUUAA